AUGCGAGCUACAGCUUUAUCGUUACUUGAACUGUUAGUAGCUGCACCAUCACCUUUGUUACCGGUGCACUCACCUUUACGUCGUGCUGCGAUUGACCUUCUUGGACGAGGAUUCGUUCACUGGGAACCACAUCUGGAAAUUGGCAAAGUCGUGCUAGGAUUGCUCGAUCUAGCUGCAAACACUGAUAAACAACCACCGUAA